AUGGACCUAAGCAAGCGUUCACCUCCAGUUUUCUCAGAAAAGUCGAUCAGUAUUGAACGGGCUAAGAUAUGUGCAAUCGAUGAUAUUUUGGCAAAAAAUGGUGCACUAAAAUUAAAGGAAUUGUUUCUCGAAAUGAGAAGAUUCCAGAAUGCUAGGUUACCAAGCACCACUGAUGAACUGUUUGCGUACGUGAUGUCUCGUUCCAACAUGUUUGAUAUGCAUAAUGGUCUUGUUAGGAAUCGGUGUACGCCGUUUCGAAAGAUGUUUCUUGACUUUGUUUAUCUUAUUUAUCGCGACAACAAUAAACGAUUCAGUAUUUGGGGGAUCGUAGAAGCUUUGUCGGACUACAGAAAUGUGAUAGCUGAAGAGGUUGGAGGUUCAGACGAAGAGUUGUUUCAGUUUUUUAAGACACACCCUAAUUUCUUUAAUGUCAGAGGCGAUCUAAGUGUGAGCUUAAGUCAUAAUGCCUGGACCGUUGCUUCAGCAUGGGAAUUUUCUGCUCUUCCGACGUACCCGAAGAAUCAAAUUAGGUAUGAUAGGAGUAUUGCGUUUGAUUUUAUUGGUGAAGUUGUUAAGGCGUGUCCGAAAUCUGAUUACGCGAAAGUAGUUAUCAAAGCGGGAAAGUAUCGUGGACAACCAAUAUACGUAACUUCCAGAAAUUUAACUUCUACUGAUAAUGUAGGCAUUGAAUUUCCUGAAGAAACUAAGGUUUUGUGCCAUGCUUAUCGUGCUUAUAAUGCUGCUUUGCCUUGGACUGCAUCAUCCAUUAGCCUCAAGCAAGGCUUUGACAUUAAUGAUAGCUUGAGAAGUUCAUCACUACAUCUUAAUGAACGCUCACAGUCUCCAAAUUCUGCUCCUAGACUUGUUGGAAAAAAAGAGGGUGCCGAAGUCUUUUCUGACAUAAGUAGAAAGGCUGAAACUGAACUGUCGAGCCGUGAUAAAUUCUUUUUCCGAGAUCUUCUUGAAAGCGAAAUGAGACGGAUAGAGGAAAUUGACAACCUGAUCGAUGGCGGCGAAAUUCAUUUUAGAGAUUUGUUUGAACAUUAUUUGAACCAUUCCAGUUUCGUUAUUUUUUCUCACCUUAAAAACUUUAUACGUACGCGACCACACCUCUAUGAAAUAUCUGGAGAUAUUGUGACUAUGAAACCAGAAGCUUAUCGUUUCGAAAUAUUAAAGCUGCUGUCAAUACUUGACAAGUUUAGAGGAGAACGAGUAACUGUUGACGUACUGCAAAAGGAAGUAAUGACGAACAGGACAUUCACUGAGCUGAAGUCGUGGGUAAGAAACAAAAGUGAUUUUCGACAGUUGCUUGAUGAGCUUUCUUCACUGAUUGAAAUUGCUGAACAUAUGGGCGAAGAGUAUGUCUGGCUCAGGGGUACUUAUGUGCGUGAACAGGGUGUUUUUUUACCUUUCUUUACGUUCAAUCGGAAUAUUACAAGAUGA